UUUUUAAUAACGGAUCAAAGCGGCGAGUGAAAUGGAAGUGAAAAAUGCAAAUGCUGCCAUGCUUUGCAACUAUGAGGUGUUCAAACUCCUAACAGACCUCAAGGAGCAAAGGAGAGACGCCGGGAAGAGCAAACACAGUGUUGGGCAGCAGAACCUCAAUACUAUCAUGUAUGAGACUCUGAAGUACCUGUCGAAGACGCCGUGCAGCAGACAAAGUCCUGAGAUCGUCAAAGAGUUCCUCGGCACCAUGAUGCAUCACAAGCUCACAAAGGCAGAAAAACUACAACUGCUAAACCACCGACCGCAGACCGCAGUGGAAAUUCAGCUUGUCUUUCUUCCAGCUCCCUCCUUCCAUGACUGUAUUUUUGUUAUGUCCUUCCUUGGGUUCUUCUUUCUUUUUCUACUUUCAUCCCAUGUUCUUGACCUCAUUUUUUCUGCCCUUCCCCUAUUCCUUCAUUUUCUCAUGUUUCUUGACUGCAUUGCUUUCUUGUGAUCUCCUCCUUAUUCUUCCUGUUUCCUUCUAUCCAUCCUUCAUUUUCUUCAUUUUUUUACCUUUAUAUUUUAAAACCCUUUUACACAAUUUUGGGUCUACAAAUUGGUUUUCUGUAGAAAAUGAAAAUCCCUUAAAACUGUAAGGUGUCAUAAAAGGCAUGACUAAACGUGGCCCCCACUUUCUU